GAAUGUAAUUAUUUAAUGCCAAUCUGAGACUCACAGAAGCAACAACCAUAACAUUGAUCAGAAAACACCAGUUCCCGUAGUUUCGAUCGCGUUCCCAAAUCUCGAUACCGUGAAAGAAAAUGAGGGGUAGGAGUUAUAGUUACAGCCCUUCACCGCCUAGGGGUUACAGCAGACGACGUCGUAGCCCUAGCCCUAGAGGUCGCUAUGGAGGUCGUGGUAGGGAUCUUCCCAGCAGUCUCUUGGUUCGCAAUCUUCGCCAUAACUGCAGGCCAGAGGAUUUACGUGGGCCAUUUGGGCAAUUUGGCCCCCUCAAGGACAUCUACUUGCCCAGGGAUUAUUAUACUGGGGAGCCACGUGGCUUUGGAUUUGUUCAGUUUGUAGACCCUGCUGAUGCUGCAGAUGCCAAAUACCAUAUGGAUGGGCAAAUUCUCCUUGGACGGGAAGUAACAGUCGUAUUUGCUGAGGAAAACAGAAAGAAGCCAUCAGAAAUGAGGGCAAGAGAUCGUGUUAGGGGUCAGUCAUACGAUAGAAGACGGUCUUCCUCUCGUUAUUCUCGAUCACCGCGAUAUGCUCAAACCUACUCUCGAAGUCCUGAUUACUAUUCACCUUCUCCUAGGCGGAGGCGGUACUCAAGGUCAAUUUCACCGAGGGACAGAAGGUACCGGGAGCAAUCACGCUCAAGAUCUCCCCAUGGUUCAAGGAGCCGUAGCAGCAGCUUUAGUAGGAGCCGGAGUCAAAGCUUGGACUACUCUCAGUAGUGGGACUUUGUAGAGGUGCUUAAUCAGAAAGUAGAAGAAUCUAUGUUUGAAGUUGUGAUCUAAACAAAUAUUCAGUAAUUCUACUCCGUGGAAUUAAUGUUGACAUUAAAAGUACUGCUGCAUUGUAUCCUAGUUUUCUUUGUUCGACCAUGAGUUGAAUGCCCCAUUUUAUCAUGAUGAA